UAUAACAACUAAGACAAAAUUCUAAAAUUUGUAAAACUUUUCUUCUCAUUUUCUCUCAAUAAAGCUCUUGGUAGAAUAACAAUGAAACACCUUUCUAUCCCACCAAUGGAUUCUCUCGAAUCAACCCCACUCCAGCUCCAACAACCUCUAAUGGCUACAACACAAACAACACCCCAACAACAACAACUUCUGGCCAUGAAAUAAUGGCUAUACACCAGACGCCGACCCUAGCUCCAGCACUACCCCAACCCCACUCAAAAGAAUCCAAAAAUGACAUGUCACCCCCAAACAUCGUAUUCCAACAACAGAACCUACCAUUUUCUUUUUCUAGGCAAAACCCAGAAACUGUUGGAUCACUUGUUGUCGUUGUUGGGGCUAUUGCUGAGCCCUCUAAGAAAAAGAGGGGUCGUCCAAGAAAGAUAAUUGCUGAUGGUAACACUGGCAUAACUGGUGCUACUUUAGAAAAUCCAUCCAAAAAGGUCCGUGGGGAGACCUCUGGCUCCAAAAAGAAGCAACAAGAGCCAAAAGUUUUAGGUUCAGCUGGAUUGGGAUUCUACAAUGCGCACAAUCUAUGUGAACACCGGGGAGAUUUGGAUCAUUCCAAAGCUUCAUGGAAGAGCAAGACUCUUACAAGGUAGCUUGUAUUUGGGUUCUUCGAUUGAGAAAGUGUUUCAAAGGCUCCGACACGAUCUCAUCUCUAGAGUUUGAUAGCAGAUCUUGAUCCAAGGGUGAGCACUCCAUCUUCAGACUGCAACGAGUCAUCUUAUUUGUUAUUGUCCAUCUUUCGGGCAAUGAAACAUUCCUUAUUUACUAUAUUUUGAAUAUCUCUUUAGACAUGAUUUUUGUUAGUAGUUCUUGUACGAUGACUUUCGGGUCUUAGGGAUUUAGUAAGUAGUUUGUUGGAUUUCCAUAUAAUUAAUGAUUAGUCAUGGAUUAUUGUUAGUGGAUUUUAUGAUAACAUCAUCUUAAUAUUGACUAA